GUAGGUGACACUGAACUCCUCCCUUUUGCUCCUGCGCCGUGCAGAGGCUAUUUUUGGCUUUUCUGUGACAGUCAGAGCGGCUCUCACUGACAGCUGACCGCAGGGGCCAAAUCAAAACAAGACCGCACCUCCACCGACCUGUUACAGCACCGAGACCAUCACAACACCCCGCCGCCCGGACACAUAAAAGACUCCCUCAUCCAAGGAGAAGGAGGUUACAAACCAAUAAUUCUCCAUCAGCUUCUGAAUUUGAGUGAGUUUAAGCGAUAUGACCUCAAAUGAGGAGGACAAAGACCCUGAUAUCGAGCUUUUCGUGAAGAUAAUGUUAACAGCUGAAACUGGUGAAAGAAUGAGGGUGGAAUCUUGAUAAAGACGUAAAACGUUUAUAAAUCGAAAAUCACAGAAGGCUGGCAGUGAUGGAGAAAGUAUUGGGAACUGUCCUUUUUCUCAAAGGCUUUUUAUGAUCCUGUGGCUGAAGGGAGUCGUGUUCAACGUCACCACUGUCGACCUGAAAAGGAAACCAGCAGAUCUUCAUAAUCUUGCUCCCGGGACUCCUCCACCAUUCCUUACCUUCAAUGGCGAAGUGCGAACAGACGUCAACAAGAUCGAAGAAUUCUUGGAAGAGAUGCUAGCGCCUCCCAAGUAUCCAAAACUGGCUGCGAAGAACAAGGAGUCAAACACGGCGGGAAAUGACAUCUUUGCAAAGUUCUCAGCCUACAUCAAGAACACAAAUCCAGGAGCCAAUGCAAGUCUGGAGAAGGGGCUACUGAAAGCUCUGAAGAAACUGGACAACUUCCUGAACUCCCCUCUGCCGGACGAGAUUGAUGUCGAUAGUACGGGGGAAGAGAAGUGCUCCAACCGCAAGUACUUGGACGGCAAUGAAUUAACGCUCGCAGACUGCAACCUCCUCCCCAAACUGCAUGUAGUGAAGGUGGUUUCUAAGAAAUACCGUAACUUUGAGAUCCCAUCAGAGUUCAGUGGGGUUUGGAGGUACCUGCAGAAAGCUUACGCCCGGGAUGAAUUCACCAACACCUGUGCGGCAGACAAUGAGAUUGAACUGGCCUAUCAGGACGUGGCAAAGCGGCUGGGCAAAUAAAUCAGUGACUCUAAUAAUCGUAUGCAAAACUGCUAAAGUGGUGACCUUUCUCUUGGUGAAAGACUGUCUCACAAAAAUGUUUCCUUCAGCAGUUAUUGAGCAGAAUUUGCCUUCAGGACAUUGACUUGGUCCUGUAAUCCUCCUGUCACGCUUGUGUGUACUUCCCAUAGGCUACUACUGCCAUUAUGUUUACUGUCUGUAAAUGACAUAAACUCCUCUAUCAGUGUCGCUAUCUGUGACGGUCUGUGCCACUGUUUCUCUAUACAUUUUCAGGGUUGGAUGAUGAUUCUCUUCAUUUAAAGUCCAAUUCGUGUUGCAUAAACCUUUCAAAUUUUGCAUUGUAUAAAGAUAUUUUUGCUAGCUUGUGAAACAGUGAUGUAAUUUUGUGUUUUAUCUAAGAGUAAGGUAUUUCACUUUGGUAUUAUGGUUAAUGUGUGUAAAUCUCCACAGGAGAGAGCAAAAAAAAAAAAAAAAACACAGCUCCACCUAGUGGAGAAAAUAAUAAAGCUGAGCUAUUUACAGUAAAUGAGCCUCAUCAAGCUGAUAUAAAGUAACAUUGACGUGGAUCAAAACCAUUCAUCAAAGAUGUCCUAAAACCUAAAUGCGUUUGAUGAACACUUUAUGAUUUACUGUACUCUGACACAAACAUCAUAUUUAAAUAUAAUUAUUGUUUCUAAGCCAUCACAUAAAAUAGGCACAUGUUUAGGUCUCAGGAAUCUCAAGCCCUGUCUGGAAUUUUCAUAUAUUUGAACUGAACAACAAUACUAAUUGUCUCUUCUUAAUAAAAUUUAUUUUCUUAAUAAA